UUUUAAUUCUCAAUCGACUGCAAAUGUUCAUUAAUUCAAUACGGAAAUCACUAUAUAUAGUCAUAAACUCAUUGAGCUCGAUUCUUCUAGUUGCAGUAGAUGCAAUCUAAUUCGCAUUGGUUUGUUGAUGCUUGAACAGAAUCACAAUUUCAAGCAGAUACCUAAUUUAGUGAUUUCACCAUGGAUUCAAAUGGCUCCGGGCAAUCCAAGAAGUAUGAAGAGAUUGCGGACAGAGUUGCAGGGCCGGCGCAUGUAGAACCAGCAUGAAGGAAGACAAUGGAGGACAAAAAGGAAAUUCCCAGGCGAGGGUCAAGUGCAUAUCUCUCCCUCAUUUAUGAAUGAUCGACGAUUUAAAUUUGGAAACAGUGGAUCCUAUGAUGGAAACGUGCUUCCCCCUGGUUGGUUAGAUUGCCCUGCAUAUGGUCAAGCCAUAGAUUGUAUAAUUCCUUCAAAAGUUCCACUUGGUGAGUCCUUCAAUCAAUACCUUCCGAGCAAAAGAUACACACCCAAACAUGUGAUAUAUGAACAAAGACAACUUGGAAGAGAACUUGGUUUAGUGAUUGAUCUAACAAACACUAAUCGUUACUACACCUUAUCAGCCUGGUCAGAAGAAGGAAUUGACCAUAUUAAGAUUAGAUGUAAGGGCAGGGAUUCUGUACCUGAUGAUGCGUCUGUAAAUAAGUUUGUCUAUGAGGUUUUACAAUUUCGCUCCCGAGUGAGACACGCAGAGAAAUAUAUUCUUGUCCAUUGCACACAUGGUCAUAACCGCACAGGUUAUAUGAUUGCUCAUUUUCUUAAGCGUACAAAAUCAAUUUCUGUCACUGAGGCGAUAAACAUAUUUGCUGGGGCCCGCCCUCCAGGAAUUUAUAAACAAGACUAUAUUGACUCAUUAUAUACAUUUUAUCAUGAAGAGAAGCCAGAGUCAAUUGUUUGCCCUCAAACUCCGGAGUGGAAAAGAUCUUCUGAUCCUGACUUUUACAGUGAAGCUGUACAAGAUCAUAAUAAUGGGGCAACUCCUUUGCUUGAGAAUUGCAAGCGAGAUCUUGAAAUGACGAAUGAUGAUCUGCUGGGAGAUGUGGUGUCUUUUGACCAACUACAAGCAAUGCGACAAAUCUGCUAUCAAUUACUUAAAUUAGGACUUCCGGCAAGAGGAAAUCCACAAUUUCCUGGAUCACACCCAGUUUCUCUCAACAGAGACAAAUUACAGCUCUUAAGACAGCGAUAUUAUUAUGCCACAUGGAAGGCUGAUGGAACGAGAUAUAUGAUGCUAAUAACUAGGGAUGGAUGCUACUUGAUUGACAGGAAUUUUUACUUCCGAAGAGUUGAUAUGCGGUUUCCAUGCAAACACACAAAUAAGGGUGUGCCUGAUCAGAUUCACCACUACACCUUACUAGAUGGAGAGAUGGUUAUUGAUACCGACUCUAAUACACGAAAGCAAGAGAGAAGAUAUCUCAUUUAUGAUGUGAUGGCAAUCAACCAAGUGUCUGUAGUGGAGCUGCCCUUCCAUGAGAGGUGGAGGAUACUUGUUAAAGAAGUAAUUGAACCUCGAAAUUUGGAGCGAGAGUCUCUUUCCAAGAGCGUGAAUCCAUACUAUAGAUAUGACUUGGAACCAUUUAGUGUGAGAAGAAAGGACUUCUGGUUGCUUUCUACUGUCGACAAGCUUCUAAAGCAAUUUAUUCCUAGACUUUCACAUGAAGCUGAUGGUCUCAUAUUUCAGGGAUGGGAUGAUCCUUAUGUGCCCCGCACACAUGAAGGGCUUCUAAAGUGGAAAUAUCUUCAUAUGAACUCAGUUGACUUUCUUUUUGAGUUGGGAGUUCAAAAUCAACAACUUCUUUUUCUGAAUGAACGUGGAAGAAAGAAGCUAAUGGAGAGAAAUAGAAUUGUCUUUAAUGAUGUAUCAGAUCUGUCUUCGUAUGUAGGGAAGAUCAUAGAGUGCUCUUGGGAUUCUGAGAGGCAGUUAUGGGUCUUUAUGCGGAUUAGGGCAGACAAAUCAACCCCAAAUGAGUUCAAUACCUACAAAAAGGUAAUGCGGAGUAUAAGGGAUAACAUUAAUGAGGAAGUCUUGUUCAAGGAGAUUGAUGAGAUCAUUCACUUGCCAAUGUAUGCUGAUAGAAUUCAAAAUGAUAUUAAGGCUCAUCAACACAGAGUUUCUGCUCAGCGCAGAAUCAAGUUACAGAAUAUGGUCUUGGGCCACAGACGGUAGCUGAUAUGUUACAGAAAAUUCUACACUUUAGCUGAUUGGCAAUAGUCAGCUCAAGGUUCACUGUGUAUUUUUUAGCAAUAUACUUAUUCAUUUGUUCCCUUUUAUUUCUUCUAUUUAUUUUAAUUUUUGUUCAUUAGAGGCUACAAAUGCAAAUAAGAACUUGUCUAUACUUGGUCAUUUUUGCUAUUGUUCCUAGAGUCCCUCUAUUGUUUUGUGACCCUCUUCUCAAUAAAGCCCUUAAUUUUUCUCU